UUCUAAUCGAGUUUUCCACUUCUGCAUAAAAUGAUUUGGGGAUCCAACAAGCUCUCACACAGACAGUGCUAAUCUUAGAUCUCUUCAAUCGACAUGGCUGAUCAGGUGAGGCUAUUUGGAACAUGGUGUAGUCCAUUUAGUACACGGGUUAUAUGGGCUCUGAAGCUGAAAGGGAUUCCAUAUGAUUACAUUGAGGAAGAUCUUCCCUACAAGAAAAGUGCUCAACUUCUCAAGUACAACCCAGUGCAUAAGAAGAUCCCAGUUCUUGUUCAUGGAGAAAAGCCGAUUUGCGAGUCCAUGGUCAUCGUUGAAUAUAUAGAAGAAACAUGGCUGCAGAACCCUUUGCUGCCCAGUGACCCUUACGAGAGAGCCAUGGCCAGGUUCUGGGUUAAGUUUGCUGAAGAUACGGCUCCUGCAAUUUGGAUGGUCUUUCGAACUACAGGCGAGGAGCAUGAGAAAGCCAAGAAAGAGGUUUUGGAGAUGCUGAGAACCAUUGAAGAGCACGCAGGUCUUGAUAAGAAGAGAUUUUUCGGAGGAGACAACAUUGGAAUUGUGGACAUAGCCUUUGGACAGAUUGCUCGAUGGUUUGGAGUCAUUGAAGAAGUAGUUGGGAUGGAGCUACUUGAACCCCAUGCCUUUCCUCACGUUCAUGCAUGGACGAACAACUUCAAAGACGUGCCUGCAAUCAAAGGAAACCUUCCUGAUCAUGACAGAAUGGUUGCCUUCUAUAAGCCAUUCAGGGAAAGCUUGCUGGCUUCUUCCUGAUCGACCCUUGCAACUCGCAAGACAUUUAUGAGUUGCUUAACCGUGAAUAUGUUUCUUGAACGUAGGGAUGGAUGGAACAAAUACCCUACCCUGAAUUCAACCCAAACGGCGAUCAUCUAUUACAUUUUCAGUUACUUUUUUUCUUUCUUCGUUAUGUUUUAACUUGUUUGGCUUUGAAGUUUUGAGUUGUCAUUUAGUACCAUUUGCACUAAUAGGUGACUCCAUUUGUAAGUGGUUGUUGUGUAUUUCAGUUAUUAGAUGACUUUCAGAUAUUAUAUAAUAAAACAUCAAGUUUUGAGUUUUCAUUUCAUAUUUCAAUGUUAGAUAAAUAUUUAAUAUAUCUUAUAGUAUGUUAUAUGCAUACCAACUACUUUUUCAUUUCUGACGAAUUUUAUUUAUCAGGUAAAUUACUCUAUAUUCUAUGAGCUAGUGAUGCAAGUCUCCCUUCAUUUGAUUACUGCGACACUGAUUCCUAAUAAUCUUUAGGUUUUUCCUGGAGUGAACCUGUUCGUUCACUCUACCUAUUAUAAUCAACGUAUAUACAUAAUACACCUUACUCUUUUGUAACUGAUUAAUUGUAAUUUAUGGAAAGGGAAAAGAAGUAGUUAACAGGUUUUCUUUUUUUACAGAGUCCACGGAUGUGGGAUUUUUUCAUCAAAGUUGGGGAAGAACAAGAAAAGGCGACCAAAACAUGUUUGGAGAUUCUGAAGACCAUAGAAGAGCAUGGACUGUGUGGUGGUGACGCAAUCGGAUUGGCUGAUCUUAUUUUGGGGUGGGUCAUCCACAUAUUGUUGCCUAUGGAAACUAUUACUGGAAUCAAGCUUAUAGAAGCGGAAACAUUUCCUUCUUUG